GUCUAGCAGCAUCUGUGGGGAGAAAACAGAGUUAAUGUUUCGAGUCUGGUGACACUAUGAGAACUGAUAGCAGCUAGGAAAAGGUGAUAUUUAUGCUGAGGGAGAGAGACACUGCGGGGGGGAGAACGAGAGAGAGACAUACACAGAGAAACACACAUUCUCUGCAGUAUUUUGCUGUUGUAUGAGAGGGCAGUGUACUUGGAGCAGAGGAGCAGAAAACGAUAGAGAGUAUAUCCUGUUCACUUUAGCAAUAAAUUGCUUAAUUCUGAAACAGAAUACUGGGACUCAAGUCCAUGUAAGCAACUCUGUUUGGCACACCUAGUUCCGAAUAACUGUCUAGAAACCCAAGACCUAAGCAGCCCUGCUUUCUAAAAACAUAGUGAACAGGAAAUCUGCCUCUUUAGUGGACAAAAGAGUGCAUGAGGGUUGAAAGAGGAAUACUUGAAGGUCACUGUUUGGACUUCAAUGUUGCCUUAAAUGCUGCAUCAAAGCCCUAUAAAGUUGUUCCAUUUGUAAAUCUGGCAGUUUUUCUUUUAAGAUAUGACUGGUUUAAGGAGACAUGGUCUAUUCUCAUGUUGCCUGAGAUUGACAUCCAUCCUUUAAAUGAGCAAGGAAUCGCCAACCCAAUGAUAUCUAUUGUCCUUUUCUUAUUUGGAACAGCUAUUGCCUAUUGGAAUGGAAUAUUCUUGCGAGUAUUACUUAAACAGCUUUCCUUCUUGUGGUCAAUCUUUCAAAGGCCACAUGUUAUUCAAAAGGAAUAUAAGAAAUUAAAUUUUCGAAUUUCAUGUGUUAUGAUUUUCCUGCUGUUUAUCGUCUGGACCACCUGUGGUGCAGCAGCUCUUAUUCUUGGUUACAUUCUUUAUCUUGUUAAGGUCCUAAGCCUGCAAGCUUCAGUACGCACAAUGAAAAGCAUUCUUAAUUUGGUAGGACCAGUUUUUAUUUUUGUUAUUUUAUUUGUGUUAACGUAUAGUUU